ACCAAUCACACAGAUACAGUAUUACAGUCCCUUUUAGGUCUCGAGAAUUGGGAAGUUUGCUUCUGGAAUCGGGAAGUUCCGGAAUAAGUCUCGAGAAUUGGGAAGUUUCGUACUGGUGAGUAUAAUAACGAAAUAUCACGUAAACAUCACCAACGAAGAGGACGAAAGUGAUCAAUAUCGUCAUCGCCAACGACCUAAGCAAGUUAGAAUGGAUUCCAUUGAAGCUCUAGUUGCGAAUAUAAUAGGUUUAUCAGAGGAGGAUAAAAUAACACAGCUUCAUAGAUUACUGAAACAAUCUGAAGAUCUUAUUCAAAUCAUGUCUCCUUAUUUAGGUCAAUACUUGGAUCAACUAGAUUGUCAGAAGCAUUCUCUUGGUUAUCUAUUCUUACUGAAAGCAUAUCUUUCUACUCCAGCAGCAAAGGAGCAAGCUGAACUUAUUCCUUUAGUUGUUCGUUUUAUCAAGUCUUGUGUGGCAGAGCAGAUACGACUGGAACCUAAAAAAUUUACGUAUGUUUGCAAGACUUUAAACUGUCUUGUUGUGCAGCGCCAAGUGCCGAUAAUGGGGAUAGCUCCCCUACAAGAAGCGGUUCGGAAGCUCCAGACUUCUUCUGGACGCUUAACAGCUUUACAUUCAGAGUUUCUUCUUGUUUGCUUACACGCGAAGUGUUACAGAAUUGGUUAUAGCACAUUGAAGGAGGAUAUCUUUGAGGUUGAUCAGCCAAGAGACCUCUUCCUCUACUGUUAUUAUGGGGGGAUGAUAUGCAUUGGCCAAAAGCAAUUCCGCCAAGCCAUUCAACUCCUAGACAUUGUCGUUACAGCACCAACGCAAUCUCUAAAUUGUAUAGCCAUGGAAGCGUACAAAAAGUACAUUCUGGUUAAUCUCAUUCAGAACGGACAGUUUUCUGCUACUUUCCCCGAGCGCGCUUCUUCAGUUGCGCAGAGGAGUCUACAACACUUCAGUCAGCCUUACCUUGAUUUGGCAACAAGUUAUGGCACUGGGAAAAUUGCCGAGUUAGAGAAUUGUGUGGCGACACAUAGGGAGAAGUUUGAAUCUGACAUUAAUCUUGAACUAGUGAAUCAGGUUAUAUCGUCUCUGUACAAGCGUAACAUCCAGAGGCUCUCUCUUCAAGAUAUAGCUGUCCAGCCGAAUACACCAAAGAAAGCUGAGAUGCGUGUCCAUCAAAUGAUUGGAGAUGGUGAGAUCUUCGCAACCAUUAACCAGAAGGAUGGAAUGGUUUGCAUCUCUGAGGAGUCAGAACAAUGUAAAAGCUAUGAGACGACAGAGAGUAUUGACUCGUCGAUUAAGAGGAUUAUGUCGUUAACAAAGAAGCUGAAUUCCGUGCAUGAAGUUAUAUCAUGUGACCCUUGUCGUCUUCUUAUUGCUUGGGGAACAACAAUUUUCGGCAUUGCCAACAAAUGUGGAAAAUUUGUUGCGGCGGAUAGCCGAAGUGUGGGAUAUGAUGGUAAGAUUGAUGACUUCUCCCUGAAGAUCCAUGAGAUAGCAACUAAUUUGAUGGCCGCAACUGCGGGCUGUACUGCCUGGAGUCUUCCGAUUGUCUGUGAUUUGCAGGCCCAGGUCGGAAAGGGUAAGAACACAACAGUCGAAUAUUGUAUAUCAUACGCUAAGUGGUUCUUCAGCAGGAAGGAUUAUGUGGCUGAUAAAAAUAUUUUCAGUCAAAUACCCCAGAAUUUUGAUAUUCAAAAUGAAAAGUGCGGAAUUUUGUUUGUUGGAUUUCAUGAGGGUAAGACUCAGAUGUGCUAUAUUAGCAAUGAUGGCAACAAAAAAUGUGUAGAAGUUGUGGAGGAGCCCUGCUAUCUUAAAACCGGACAACGUGCUUCGUUCAUAGGUUUGGGGUCUGGUUCAGAUUAUUUAUAUGAGCAUAUUUCAGCUGAUGAAAUGGAUUCAAUUAAAAAUGGCAAAGAAGAUAGUGAAUUUUACUAUAAAGUUAUGGUAAAAGCACUACGAAAUUCAGCACUACGGGAUCCCGAAUACACGGGUGGCUUUGCAAAAGUCUUUUGGAUCACUGACUCGUGUAUCAUCGAAAAGAAAGAAGCACUUCUAUCUUACCCGUUAGACUUCAAAGCUUGGGUUAAACUGAUUGUGGAUACAGAAACUGCUGCAGAGGGCGAUUUAUCAAAAAUCGAGGCAGUUUAUGAUGCCUUCUUAACAGAGUUCCCGAUGUGCUGUGGUUACUGGAUGAAGUAUGUACAUCAUGAAGCAUGCCUGGGCACUCUCGACAAAGUCGAGGAGGUGUAUGAGCGGGCGAUCAAAUUCGUGGCUUAUUCUGUAGACAUUUGGUUGCAUUAUUGUAAGUUUGCCGUGUUAAACCACCGAUGUUUUGAAGCGGUAUUGAAGUUAGCCAAGUUGAAGUCGAAGUCUGACGUGUCGGAGGUUGGCGUGUCGAAGUAUGAUGCUAAUGCUGUUCGAAGGCUGUUCCAAAGGGGUUUGCUUCAUGUCGGGACUAAUUACGUGUCGUUUCUUCUCUGGAAUGAAUAUAUCAAGUUCGAAGAGUCGCUGGGAGAGAGGGGUCACGCUGCUGUGAUUUACAAGAACCUUCUCGCAGUUCCAAUUAAAGAUCGUAAUUCCAUUUUCAAAAGAUGCUCAAGCGAUUCUUGUCAUAAUGUUCUUCUGAAGGAUUCCAGCUUACAAAAGCAGAGUGGAAUACGUUUGAGAAAACGGAAAAAUUUGCUCAAAGGAUCCUCCAGUUUGAAGAAGCUAUUAGGACCCCUUACUUCCAUGUGUCCCACCCUGAUGAGUCGGAGCUUGCAGCUUGGCGAAAGUAUCUAGACUUUAUAGAACUAGAAGGUGACUUUGCAAAGGUAUGCAUGAGGAGUAAGUAGCCCUGCGACAAUAAUCUUUUCAGCUGGUUAUAGAUUUUAGUUCUUCUAUCUUGUUAGCUGUAUAUUCUGGUACCACGUUGAAUGAAUAUGGACUUACAGCUAAGUCAUAUUGCUGCAUUAUAUACUUUAUUGGCCGUACUGUUGGUGAAGCAACAUUUAAAAGGGGAAAUGAACUAUUGAUGCUAAAGCAUGAGUUCAAACCUCAUUUGAACUCAUGAGGUAUCUGUGAGGUCAAGGACUUCAAACCCUCAUUUGUCAGUGGAUUUGGAUGUUCAAGGAUAAUGAUUCUCAUACCUGCAAGGUCAUCUUAUUAUACGAAAGAUGCCUAACUGCAUGCGCCAACUAUCCUGAGUUCUGGAUUCGGUAUGUCGGUUUCUUGGAAAAUGAAGGAAGGAGGGAUAUUGCAUAUGAUGCUCUUGAGCGUGUUAUUCUAAUCUUCGCAAAGAGAGAUCCAGAUAUUCAUCUCUUCUGCGCUAAAUUUUAUGAGAAGAAUUUUCAAUUUUCGAAAGCUCGUGCUGCCUAUCAACUUGUGCAUUCUGAAAUCUCACCCGGUCAUGUUGAAGCAAUAAUUGAGCAUGCGAGAUUUGAACUUCGGCAGCGUGAUGCGAAAAAGGCUUUUUCUGUGCUUGAGAAGGCCAUUCCUACUGGAACAGGGAAAGAGCAGGCACAAAAAAUAUUUCAUUCCUUGAUAACUGAUGAGUAUGAAAAAUCAAACAAAAGGUCCGCCGAAUUUCCUUCGAGUAAAGCCAAACGUCCCAAGUUACAUGCUGGUUAUGGAUGAUGUAGGACAUCAUCAAUGUGUUUUAAUAGACUAAAACGUCCCUAGUUUUAGUCUAUUUCUUGAAGGAAUUUUUUACUAGCUCAUGGGUGAAUCCAACAAAAAAAAUUUGCACUGUCAGACGACUAACCACACAAUCAUCACAGCAGGCCGAAUCAAAGCAAACCAAAGCCAAGCUGAGAAGAUCAUGUACAGCCGCAAGGCUUACAUGUCACCACCAGGAUACUGCAGCGGCAAGCAGUCUAAAUAUGUGCAGUCAAUGUUUCUUAAAACAAGAAAGUCUACGUACUGUGUUAGCUACCAAGCUAUAUGAUAUUCCCUGUUUUUAAUGCAGGUUGCCAGCUUUUUAGUUAUUUUUCUCUUUAACAAAUAUGUAUCUUAAAAAGGAAACAUUCGUUAUAGCUUAUUCACUGUCGAAGCCUGUGAUUUCUCCAGGUAUUAUCUGAAAAUAUUUCAAUA